GUCCUUGCGCUCUUCCGGACCGAGGCAGCCCCGCCACAGUUCUUUCGGCUAACAGCGCCUACAAAAGUCAGAAGCUCCCCGUGCGUCCUCUACAAGAGAGCUUCAAGGCUCGCGUGCCGCUGAGACAACCCUCAAUUCCUGUCCGUCGCAGCCUCCAGCGUGUCACCUGCGAACGUGUUCAAGGCGCUGCCGUGCGAGCUUGCUUUUAUUUGCUCUGAUGCGCUGAUGCGCCCGCUGUAGAACCUCCUCGAGCGUGCGCCGCCCGUAUCCCAGCGCUGAAACUUGCGCGCACACCACUUCAGUUGAUGCCGGAAGCUACACAAGGACCCAAUGGAACAGCUUCCGGUGGUAUGACGACGUCCAAAGCUACGGAUCAGGGGCACGAUGUCGAUAAACCAAAUGCGCCCAAGAAGAGCCCGCAGCAGCAGGACAAGCCCCCUCCUGCUUCCGGCUCCGAGGCCCCGACGAAAACCCCCAAGAAGCGUAGGAAGGUCAAUCAUGCCUGCAUAUACUGCAGACGUUCGCAUAUGACUUGCGACCUCGAACGGCCGUGUACGCGGUGCAUCAAGCGAAAUAUUGGACACUUAUGCCACGACGAACCUCGAGAAAGCGUCAAGAAGUCCAAGAUGGAUGCGGAGAGCGCCAAUGGCGAAAACGAAGCUUCGAACCACGAGGCAGCGCCCUCCGAGUCCUCCAUAAAUACACUCGAUCAGCGUACUAACCCCCAAGAAGCAGGGCUGAACCUUGCCCCGCCGCGAUUGCCUCAUAGCAGAGCUGCCAAUACAGCACCGAUAGUCCAGCCCACGCCCGUAUCUGCGCCACAGGUGCCGUCACUGGCGUCAAACAGUCAGUCUUUCCUCAACUACAAUAAUGAGUGGAACUCUUCAUCCCAAAACAACUUUCAUGACAUGCAUCACUACCAUCCCUCCUACAUGUUCAACACGUCCGAAGUCCACAACGAGUAUAAUCUGCUCAACGACUUCCUCAGCAACAGCCUGAUGGAUGACGGUGCGCUCUACAGCGGCGGCGACUUCCACCAUAUGUUCUCCGACCCUUCCUUGGCGAACCCCAUGGGAACCCUCACCAACAAUGCUGUUUAUAAUCCCAAUGCCCCUGGAAGCCACCUGCUGCCUCCACCCGCCCAGCCUACGGCGGGGAACUCCUUCCAACGACCAGUCAACGGCAUUCCUAUAGAUAAGGCACGAGAAAGAUACCUCAUGACCGCUGCGGAUCCCACGGGCUCGGCUUCGGAUACCCCUGAAGAGCGUAUGAACAAGCUACUUAAAGCCAAGAUGGAUGCAGGACUGCUGAAGCCAUUCAAUUAUGUCAAGGGCUACGCGCGACUGAAUCAGUACAUGGAGCGAAACCUACAGCAAGUCUCACGAGUGAGAAUUUUACGGCAGCUGGACAGAUUUCGUCCCAAGUUCCGCGAGAGGAUGCAGUCUUUGACCGACAUGGAACUAGUUCGCGUUGAGAUGUGGUUCGACAAGAGUUUGAUGGAGUAUGACCGAGUGUUUGCAAGCAUGGCCAUCCCGGCUUGUUGCUGGCGAAGAACCGGAGAAAUAUACAGAGGAAACAAAGAGAUGGCGGAGUUGAUCCAUGUGCCAAUGUCAAAGCUACGAGAUGGGAACAUUGCGCUGCACGAAAUCAUAGCUGAAGCCUCACUGGUCUCUUAUUGGGAGAAGUUUGGCGCCAUUGCCUUUGACCACACCCAGAAGGCAAUCUUGACCAGCUGUUCUCUCAAGAACCCCGAUGCAAACUCAAAGGAUCCUGAAAUUAGAUGUUGCUUUUCUUUCACGGUCAAACGUGAUAUGUAUAAUAUCCCCGCAUUGAUUGUUGGUAAUUUCCUCCCCUUGGUAGAUACCGCAUCUGGAUCGUAGCCCUCGAACGGGCCAAAGCAUUGUCUACGACAGACACACUUGGGCGGAAUUUUGUACUUUCACAUAGCGGAGAUAAUGAUGCAACGACGUAAUGCUGGUAGUGGAAUCCAGGGUCACCGAAAUCCGAGUCUUGAAUCAAUGAGGCGAGAGAUGAGUUGGAGCUCACGCCCGGACGGGGGUCUGGGAUUUGGCGUUUGAUCAGGAUUGCCAUAACUAGCUACCGGUAACGUGCGAGUGAGUAUAUGCUAUUUGUACGAAAGUGGGUGUUUGGUCAGGUAUGGCAGGCAAAAUCGUGUUUACAUUUGGUUAAGGUCUUGGUCUGCUUUACUUAGUAGAUAGGAUGUUUAUGUUUAUUGCAUUGUCCGUAGCCACCCUUAGCCAGUUUGCAGCAGUCUUCACCCACGUAGCUAUCGACCUAGGUAGGCAGA